AUGGACUCGGUCACCGAGACGGGCACCGCACGGCAGUCGUCUAUCACCAACGGCCCCAACGACUCUGCUGGGCCUCCCAUCAUGGCCGCUCCAAGGACUUCGCCCCGGCCGGCUUCCCUGUGUGCCGAAACAGCAAUGAAGCGGAACAUAGAGGACCUGGGUGCAAACGAAGAUGAUGAGCCCACCAAGCGUGCUCGCCUGAGCGCUGCGCCCAAAGUCGAUGAAGCAGGGUCACCACAGUCCUCACAGUCGGAUACCUUGCAAUCCGCACUCGACACUCCCUAUGUGGAGGACAACCACAACCAACCCAUGCAGACGAUCAUGGCAUCGAUGGCCGGACCUAUUAAGAAGCGAGUGCGUGCUCGGAAGGUCAAGAUCGCCAAUGCGACCGCCGACGGUCCUCCUCCGUCGGGUAAGCCCCUGGUUUGGGCCGACGCCCGUGGCAGCCUUUGCGAGGCGCUGCCCUACUUCAAAGCAUUCAAGUCCAGCCUUCAUUCGGCAAAUCUGGUUUGUCAGGGAUUCCUCAUCGACCAGGAGGCUGACGAAUUGGAUGUGUUUGGCACACAGGUCAUCAUCUCCUCAGUGGGCGGUGGCCGAGUCAAGAAUCCUAAGACCGGUACCAUGAUUCGCGCGAAGGAUGGCGACGACGCAGCCCCCAACACCAAGGCGAUCCCGAAUGCGCAUGGCAACAAGUCCUUGGUUGCAGGCCACCCUUUCUAUCCAUGCUGCUCUCCUCACCCCUAUGCUGUCCUGGGGUACUUCCAUAUCACCGAUGUUUGGAAGGAGAAGCAGAUCACUGAGGGGAGCGACAAGCCUGUCACUGUCUGGCGUAUGCGCUUUGAGAAAGCCGAUCUGGCUGAGCGUUCCUGGUGGGCUCCCAAAAGCGAGAAGGCCGUGCAAACCGAUGCCCUUGUCGACACAAGCCUAAAGGCACCGGUUAUCACCUGCGCCAAAUGUGACACUCCGAGCAAGGAGAUGUUCACUGCUGGCUGGUUCUGCCUUAACUACGGGUGUGAGCACUACUUUGUGUUCCCGACUGGUGCCGGAGUCGACAUCAAGGGCCUAGCCUACACCCAAACGUUCCUCGAUGAGCGUACUCCUUUUGUCGGCGAGAUCCCCUCGGUUGUUCCUCCCAUCACUGACUCAACCGGCCUUCAUGGCACGGAGAAAUCCCUUCGCCGCGGCUUUGUGUGCCCAGACUGCGGCUGCUGCAACCGCCGGGUCUACUGGAACCGUUGGGUAUGCGCAAACAAGGAGUGUGAAUACACUCGCGACGCCCCCAUGCUCCCGUACCCGGGCGAUCUUCUCCAGCUGGAGAAUGCCAGGUUUGACGAGAAAAUGCGGAGGAUACGGAACUCAUACGGAGUGAACGACAACAAGGAAAACAAGCCUGGUUUCGUGGAUGAUCCUAUCGCCACCAUAUACAAUCGUGAUUGUCUCCCACUUUCCCAGACUCUUACUCUGGGCGGCUAUGAUGUUCGCCAGUACUAUCUGCCGAACAGCGAUGGCAAAAUCCUUGGAUCGUUCAGCAUCUUUUCGGCCAAGCCAGAAAUCCUCACCAAGCCCAAUGGCCCGGAUGACCUCUUCCAGACUCUGGAACUCACUGAUAUCGGUCUUCGCCGAAACGCAGCUGCUGUGGUUGGCCACAAGCUUGAGGGAUACACCCGCCACUUCCAGCAGAACUUUGGUGCCAAGUACAAGUUUGGCGUGACCGUCCAGUCAAAGGGCUUGGAUGAGGCACCCGACGUCAUCCUCCGUGCUCUCCAACGCCUGAUCUGGGCAAAGCAGGUCUCUGUCGACAAGUCCAAUGCCUUCAUAUGUGCUUUGGAUCAGAAUACCAUUGGCAAGCACGCCAUUGUACCUACCGAUGGGGACUUCAAUGAGCUGCUCGCACUCGGAUACAUGGAGGAUGACAAGAUUAACUACCACGAUGAUGGUGAACACGAGCUUGGACCUGUCGUGGCGGCUCUCUCGCUGGGCUCGCCCUCCACGAUGCGCUUUCGACCCAAGGGUAAGACUGGGUUUCUCGUCCCCGCUCGCCGGGAUCGGGGGAAGGACUCUUACCAAGCGGUCCUUGAGGUGCCCAUGAAGCACGGUGACAUGAUGGUCAUGGUUGGCACAGAGAUCCAAAAGGUCUACGAGCACACCGUCAUCCCCCAUGGCACACGCCGCUUCUCACUCACGGCUCGCUACAUGGACCCGGAGCGCAUGACCACCCAGCAAGACCGUGACGAUGUUGCUGUGAAGGGCGCCAUGCCCAAGCAUGCCGAAGCCUUCGCCUAUGACGGCUUUUAA